AUGAGUUAUUCUCAAGAGACAGCCCAAGGUUCACAAGCCUCUGAACACCUCGCCUUUCUCGAGCACGUUUCCCAACAAGUAGAACGAUUAGAAGAAUCACAAUUGGAUGAAAAAGUUGCUACCUCUCAAAUAGAUCCAUCAACCUAUCCGCCUGAAAUUCAACAUAUUCGUAGUAAUCUAAUCGAAGCAAGCUCUCAAUUAUUAUAUGUCUCCGAGGGUGAAGAACCUUAUGAAUUCAUAUUUAUACCAAACGAAGAAAUUAACUCGCUACCAGACACAGGUUCAGAGUUUGCAUCAUUAAUCCAACAGGAUAAUUUUAACAUUAUGACCGAGGAUGAAAAGAUAACAGAACAUGAAAAUCGAGUGUUAACAUUUCAAGAGUUUUUUGAACCAUUAACCGGAACGAAUAUUGAAGAUCCCUACGGACAAAGGGAUGGAUACAAAGAAUUACAGAAAAUUGCUGAGGCGGUAUUUCGAGGCAAAGAGAAUGUGAAAAUAUAUAAAAUUGGUGGACAUCGUAGGGUUGGAGUUUACAUCGUAGGGUUGGUGAAAGGAGUUGGAAUUGCUGGACUGAAGACUUUGAGCAUUGAGUCAUAA